CCCAUCCUGUGAGAGGCCACUUCUGUUUAACUAUAGACCUCUACAACCUAUAAAGAUGGAUAACGGGUGUCAUUGUACAGCCAACAGCGACAGACUCUCGAAUCCUAUCCUCUACAACAUCCUGAGCCAAAUGGAUAACAGCGAACCAAAUCAAAACUGCUUCAGCUCAAUACCUCAUAGAUGCAACUGUGAGUUGCGACGGACAGUGUGCUUGAAAAGGCCCUCAAAGAUCUGCAAAGAAGCGUCAGCAGUUCUGGUUAAAACUGUCCACUUCAUGAAGAACUUGCCUGCUUUUAACCAGAUGCCACCAAACGACCAGUUUUCGCUGCUCAAAAGCUGCUGGGCGCCACUCUUCAUCCUUGGUCUGGCCCAGGAGCAUGUGGACUUUGAGGUGACGGACACACCGGCUGACAGCAUGCUGAAAAAGAUUCUCCUGAACCGUCAGGAAAGCUCUGGCGUGGAGAGGGAGCAGCCCACCAUGGCCGGCGUCAGCAAACUCAAAUCCUGCCUCAAAAAGUUUUGGAGUUUGGAUUUGAGUCCUAAGGAGUAUGCAUACCUCAAAGGCACCACAAUAUUUAACCCAGAUGUCCCAGAUUUAAAGGCAGCUCUGUUUGUCGAAGGAUUGCAACAGGAAGCUCAGCACGCCCUCAGCGAGGUGGUCCACCUCCUUCACCCAGGGCAUCAGGAGCGCUUUGCUCGAAUCCUCCUCACAGCCUCCAUGUUGCAGAGCAUUACACCCAGUCUCAUCACUGAACUCUUCUUCCGGCCCGUGAUCGGUCAGGCGGAUCUGCUGGAGCUGCUGGUUGACAUGCUCUUCUGUAGAUAGAAGAGGACAGGGGGACCUGAUGUAAACUGUCCUGGAGAAAGUUGAAUCCAAUGUUAUUAACGGUGGUGAUGCAAAACUUUAUCGCUGACCAACCCAAGAAACGUUCCUCAUGAAAUGAAAGAAAGCCUGACAGUGGACAGCUCAAAAAAGCACUUACAAUUGUCAACGAAAACUAUGUGAAUUGGUGAAACUAUAAAUUACUAAAUUUACAUUGACGCUGAGGUCACUUUAACUCUCGUUAAAUCUUUCAUCAGCUGAAGUGUGAAGAUUGGAUUUUCCACAUAAAGACAGACUGUACCCACUGUUUUUUUACUGAAUCUUACGUUGAAGAUCAUUUGCGUCAAUGUUGUAAAUAAGUCUGC